GCCAUUCGAGGCGCUGGGCAAAGCACAUGCAGGGUUCCCAAUCACCCGGCUCUCAGAGGUGAACCGUUACUCCCUCCGAGCACCAGAAGCCUCGCUUCGACGGUUGCCUUCCUCAUUCUUGCUCCUCGACAUUCCCAAUCGUUCGUCCCAAUGUUGCCUUCUUUGUGAGCGUUAUCUUCUUCUAUCACUGACCAGUCGUUGCAAGCUCCCAACUCCGUCUACUUCUCUCUUUAAAUGCUAUGUGACAUCAAAAGUGCCAAAUUCUAUCACCCUGAAAGGCGCAGUACCGUCCGGCAACAUGGGUGGCAUUGAUGUCUCCUCUGUGGUGAGCUCCAUUAUCUCAGCUUUCGGCAGUGGAAUGGACAUUUUCCAUCGACUGGGGGGAAAGAAAAGGAAAACCAACGCCAGACUCCCGCGACCAUCGGAGGAAGAACAGUGGCUACGACACUCGCUGAGGAACCGGCCUGUGGAGAUCCAGCACGAAUACGAUCAGCAAGUCGCAAAAUUUGGCCGUCAAUUUGAAGUGGGUGACACUGUUGCUCAGUCAAGUCUGGCCCACACUCUUCUUGUCCUCAACACGGGUCUACUCAACUUGAUCAAUCAUGCCCUUGCUGGAGACCACAAGACGAUAUCCUUGUCCCAGCGGACCUUGUUCAGUCUCUCUGAAGCCGCUGCCGCUGACACCAUAACUGCUAUCGGACAACUCGGUUCGCGCCUCAGCCUAGUGUCAUCCUCCAGGCUAGCUCUUGAAUCUAAGGAGAGCCGGAGAGCUGAUGAAAAGAAGUCUCACAAAGAACUCAAAUCCAGCCCAACAUCAUCGACAAAAAAGACCACGCGGCCGCCUCCGAUACCUUUACUGGUCCGUGGUGGUUGGGUGAGGUCCCAAAGCGGGUCUUCAGUCGUGUCUGGGGCUGCUGCGAGGAAAGCAAGGGGAGAGCAGAAGCAGAAGCACCAACGAUCCAAGUCUGAUUCUAUGGUGUCGAAGUCGUCUGCAUCGCGGUCCAGCGACCUUAGGUCCAAGCGGGGAGAGUCGCCUAGCGAGGUGUCUGGCUGUACGUGUAAAACAGCGCCAGGUCGAUUGGAAGGAUCAAAGCCCCUCAACAGACGCAAUUCAAGCGAACAGCCCCGACCACAUAGCCAGCGAAGCAUGCUCCUCGUGCCUGCAGACUUCUUUGAGGACGCGCGAAACCUUCCUGAGCAGGCUGUAUACCAACAACCUCCACCUCGACCGCCGAAGGUUCCACUUCAUAGCCGCCCCAACCCAACACAGUCAAGGGGGCGUCCAACAUCGACCAUGACAUUCAUGACGGCCAGCACUAAGAUUGGCGAAAUACCAGAAUCCAAGUGGCUGGACAAGGUAUUGCCAGAGGAAGGAGAAGGGGCGCGCAGAGUGCCGUACAUUAUCCCACCACCGCUUGAGCCGAGCGAACAGAAGAGGAAGAAAGGUCUCAAGUUCUGGAGGAGAGAGGAGAAACGGCGUGAUAUCGCCGCCUUUUGAGACUGGAAGUUUUGUUUUGAAAGCAUAGGCGUUUGGGAGAUUGGUAGGGUAGUGUUUAACGAGGGUACUGGCACGAAACGAUGACCUAAGUGAUGAGCAUCUUCCAUAUAGUUAAUUGACACGACAAUGAGACUCCCUCUAAAUC